CAAAAAGGUUUUGUGCUCACCCCUGCACUGUUCUUGCUCAAAUUUUGCAGAACGAUCACAUUUUUGUAUCGAAUUCAUUUAGUAUAACACUUCGCACAUUUACUUGUUUGGUUUUUCUGAAAAAAGUGCAAAUAUACUGCGCAUAUGAGAAUGCAAGCUGCCGCCGUGACUGCGCAAGCAUAAACUGGUGUCACCACCUGCCGUCAGCUGCAAAAAGCAGCGUUUCAAGGAGGGCAUUCGCCUGUCCCAGGAGCGGGCAACAUGCGGAAGCCCUCCCUGAAACGCUGCUUUCUGCAGCUGACGGCAGGCGGCGAAACAAGUUUACGUUUACCAGCAAAAAAAAAAAAAAAAAAAGCAGCGGCAAGGUGGUGACCAUCAAUGUUUUCCAUCUCACAGAGCACAAUAUAUAUCCAUUGCUCACGCAUAGCUCCAUAAGCUUGGAUAAUCGGCCGCGCGGUUUGCUUUGUCCAUGCCUCCUUUUGGGGUUUAGACUAAGGUUUGUGGUAUUCCGAAGGUGAAGAUAGCUCUUAGUAAUAUAACACUUGGAUUCUUGUGUUUGCCCGCAAGUAUUUGCAGCAGCAGUAGUAAGCGUGCCUCAGGCCCAGCCUGCUCUCUGCUAGUGUUUGCGCGCUCAGCAUGUCGCAGAAGACGCGAGGCCGCUACAGGCGGUACUUGGAACUGAACUCAACUGAUCAAGUACCAAAGCAGACCCUCAGCAGCAUUGCCAAGCGAGCGAAAACACGGAGCGCUAGCAAGGUUAUUGCACCAAACAAGCAGGCAGCGACCAUUGUGUGUGCAAAGGACUCUCCAGAUCAUCGGGCAGCCAGUGUUUCUGAAAAUGCAUCUCGGUAUGGCAACCUGAGCAUGUUACCAGCCAUGGCUGCUAGUUGCCUUGAUAAUGAACCGCCAAUGCCUUAUGCCAGCAACACAUGUGAAAGAGACGAGAGAGGUGCUCUCAUCAUGUUUGUCAGUGACACUUUUGGUGGGCGGGCUUCUGGUAAGGCUUGUGUUAAUGUGUAUGGUAUUCUCGACCAGUUGCAGCCUUUUGAAGAUGACCUAAUGGUUGAUAAGGGUUUCAACAUUGAUGACAGAUGCACCGAGCUUGGUGUUGGCGUGAUUCAGCCGCCAUUCUUGAGGACACAAACACAGUUCUCCUAAGAAGGCGCCAUGAAGACUGUUCAGAUUGCAAGGGCCAGGGUCCAUGUAGAGAGGGCGAUACAGCGUAUGAAACUGUUUCGAAUUUUGAAGGGCCCAUUGCCAUGGGAAAUGUUAGCUGUGGCUGAUGAAGUGUUCAUCAUAAUUGCCGGGAUGGUAAAUUUGUCAGCCCCUAUAUUAGCUGAAACAGGUUCCAACUAUUUAAAGCUUAGACACCAGAUAUCUUGUACAACAAAAAAUGCAACAUUUAUUUUUGUACAACGAAAAAAUACAACAAACCCGAUCACACCUUUAUUUUCGUUAAGGAUGAGGCAGUCACAAAAGAGCUGCUUUAGCAGCAGCGUGACUAGGCAACUGCGGCAACGUUUUGACAACAGCUCGCAUCACACCAACCAAUAAACAUGAGUAAAAGAUACAUAGUAGGGCAGCAAUAAAUAUUUUAAUUCAUGGAUACAGAUAACUCAAGUGUAAAAAAGUAUGCACGUGUUACAUAAAACUUUCGGUAACAUAAGCAUACAAGUAUACAUGAGCAAAAAAAAAAAAGAUCAUACACAAAAUAAAAAUAACAGCUGUUGUGAAGGCAGUGUUGAGAUGAAAUCGAGGGUUCGACGGAAGCCCGUCUGGUCGGGAUGAAGCAUUGAAGAAAUAAAACGAAGGACACCGACCAACAUAGAAGUGCUAAAAAAUGAAAAAUCUAAAAGACGUUUCGGCUUCGCUACGGAAGCCUUGUUCACAAUGGGAUGACGGAAGGUUCAUUGAAGCUUAUGUAGGCUUUAGAACGUGACGUAAGCAGCGCGUGUAUGACGGGGGGAGGGUUCCCUCAUUUCGAUUAAGCGUGUGACAUGUUUUUUGUAUCUCCAGUGAUUCCAGAUACAGACGCGAUUUUUGGUUUCGUUCUUGGCCGAUAAUUCUCGAGCGAUCCCAGUCGAUAUUGUGGCCCGUUGCAUCCGUGUGCUCGGCAAGGGCAUUCGACACUGUACGCUUCUUUUCGACAUCUUUCUGAUGCUGCCUCAGUCUCUGUUUGAAGUUUAAUGAGCUCUACUCUGCACUGUGCAAAACAUAUAUAUCUAACCAACAUGUGAUCAUAUGCUGGGUGCCUGGACAUAGGGGCAUCGAGGGAAACGUUCUAGCCGACCAGAUGGCCACAUCAAUCUCAUUGCAUGCAGUUAAUCCUACUGCUUCGGUCCCUGUCACAGACCUGAAGCCUUUCUUAAGAAGGAAACUACGAAGCCACUGGCAACGCAUGUGGGACGAAGAAAUAAAUAAUAAACUGCAUGUAAUAAAGCCACAAUUAGGUUUCUGGCCUCUUGUAACAAAAUGCCGCCGGACAGAUGUGCUAUUCUGCCGCCUAAGAAUAGGACACACUUUUGGCACACAUAACUUUUUACUCACGGGAAACGAGCCUCCAACCUUUGGUAGAUGCGGGGAGAGGCUGACCGUCCUCCACGUCCUACUGGAGUGUCGGGAAACCGAACCCGAAAGAAAAAAACAUUUUCUCUUAGCAUACAGGCACCACAUCCCCCUUCAUCCUGUUAUGUUACUUGGUCCAGAACCACUCUUUGACACCAACGCCGUCUUAGGUUUUUUGAAAGAUGUUGUGUUGCAUGUUAUUAGCCCCACACGUUCGUAGCGCUUCCUCUCUUCUGAGGAUGUCGCUGCGAUAAUUAUUUUGAAUAAGCACAUGCCUCUAGGCCCUUGUGGUUCAAGGGCUCUGGCGAGGCUGUAGUGCUGUAAGCAAUUUAACGUCUCGCAUAUGUUUAACAAUGCACCAUUCUUUUACGAUGGAUUUUAAUCUUCAGUCUUCGUCAUUAAUCAUCGCCAUAAUUUUAUAGCACGUAGAUUUUACGCACUUUACAGCGACUAUUUUUAGGCCACUUUACAGCCAAGUCACAUCUUCCAUAAUACAUCGUUAACACUACCAUUUGUCAUGGCGCUCUUUGGCCAUACCUGGCCCUUGCGCCAUAAAACACUACACAUCAUCAUCAUCAAA